AUGCCAUCGUACCGCAUGUACUGGCAGACGGCAACCCGCUACGACCCAAUUGCGACAGUCAUGGGACAUAAGCGAUUUGAUAAUCUGCGUACAUACAUCCACAUGAACGACAAUACCAAUGUGAAGCAAAAGGGUGAGUCUGCAUACAAUCCAUUAUUCAAGGUGCGUCCAGUUCUUGAGAAAGUCCAUGCCAACUGUUUGAAGGUUGAACCAGAAGAAAACCACUCCAUUGAUGAGCAGAUGAUCCCCUUCAAAGGAAAGAUUGGAAUGAAACAGUAUAUCAAGAACAAGCGGCAUAAAUGGGGAAUCAAGGUCUUUACUCGUGCAGGUGUCACUGGACUAGUCUAUGACUUUGAAGUAUACACUGGAAAAGGGACCGUGACCAAUGAGCGUGGACUUGGUGUUGCCGGUGAAGUUGUGCUUCGUCUCGUAUCAGAAGUUCCAAAAGGACUUAACUACAAGUGCUUCUUCGACAACUGGUUCACUUCCCCUGAACUCAUUGUGGAACUGAAGAAAAUGGGAAUUCUAACAGUUGCUACCAUCAAUCGUAACUGUCUCCGUGGAUGUACCCUCAAGAGUGACAAGGAACUCUCAAAGGCCGGGCGUGGUGCGUAUGAAGUGAAAUACGAAAAGACAAGUGGGAUGUCCAUUGUGAAGUGGUAUGAUAACAAGGCAGUGUUGCUGGCAUCAUCCUUCAUUGGCCCUGAACCUGUUGAGAGAUGCAGAAGGUGGUCGAAAGAGAAGAAGGAAUAUGUGGAAGUGGACAGACCCCACAUUGUCAAGGUGUACAACCACAACAUGGGAGGAGUAGACUUAGCAGACAUGUUUGCAGCUCUCUAUCGUAUUGACAUCCGCCCACGUCGUUGGUAUCUGCGCAUCUUGUACUACUUGAUUGACCUAUCACUGGUCAAUGAUCCCCUCAUCAAGGUUGGCAAACAGGCUGACUUGAACAGUAGGAAAAGAGGACGACCGUCAUUGGAAGAUGAUCCAACGUCCCAUAAAGCUGCCCCACCUCCACCUCCAUUUCAGAGGAUCUCUGCACCAUCAGUUGAUGUCAGAUUAAACCGAUGCGAUCAUUUCCCCAUCCAUGCUGAGAAACGUGGACGAUGCAGACUGUGCAAGAAUGGCUACACGCAAAUGGCCUGCCUGAAGUGCAAA